AUGGCGGACUCAUCUCAUUCAAUAAGUUCAAAAGAUAUUGCCUCCGCGAUUUCUCUUUAUGACCAAUCCAUUUACACUAAUAAUAAAUCUACCAAUCUGGAUUUGGAUCAAAGAUCAAUGAGCCCCUCCAAUAUUGCAUCCGGGGAAGAUAGAAUAACAAGGACGAAUUCCGGUGGUUCCAUUACUUCAGGAGCUUCUAUGAUUGCCACAAAGGAUGGUAUCCAAGGAAGUAAUGUUAAAAGAGACGGUAUUCCGAAAUAUUCUCUAAAUUUAUUAAAUUCCAUGGUUCGAAAACAGUAUGACCACAAUAAUGGCACUAAGUCUCCUACUCCAAACAGCAACAAUAAAGUUAGUCAAAAGGACAAAAAAAAGAAUAAAAAAAAAAAAAAGGACAAGGACGUCACAUAUGUGGCAGCCCAUGAUUCAAACAACAAAUUCUACAAGCUUAACACCGCUUCCGCUUCUGCUUCCAACUCGAAUUUGACAUCUGAUUCUACUACCUCAUUAUCGGACCAGUUCUAUUUCCAGAAAAGUAACACUGAUUCAGCUCCAAUCAACAAUGCAAAUUACCAAAAUCCAAAUUACUCCCCUUCUCUGAACUCAAUGGAUAAUACUACAAAGCAUAGCAGCAAUAUGCACACUUGA